GUAAUGACGCAAAUUUCAUGCGACAAACGGAAAGCGGUUUGAAAAUAUCGUGGCGGCUUCUGUUAACAAUCGCUAUCAAAUUAAGCUAUGUGAUCGGACUGUCACUGCAUCAUAAUUGUUUCCCAGCUAGCAAAGGAUAAACCCAGAUGAUUUUGCUGGUUUAAGAGACUUCCUGAAACUACAGAGAUUUCCCCGCUGCUAGUAGUUUUAGCUAGCUAGCUCCUGUCUGUCCGGCUAAGAUGUAUCUGUAAUGUAUCUUGCUAUUAAAUGGGGCAAAGCUGGUAAAGAUGGCUAGUGUACAUGAAAGUCUGUAUUUCAAUCCGAUGAUGACAAACGGAGUGGUGCACGCCAACGUGUUCGGCAUCAAGGACUGGGUGACGCCGUAUAAGAUUUCCGUGUUGGCGCUGCUGUACGAGAUGACCGCUGCAAAGAUCAGCCUGCUGGAAAGGAGGCGACUGAACAAACUUAUUCUUCCCCUUCAGCAGGGUCCGGAUCUCUCUCUCGGGCAGUUUCUGAGGACUGUGGAGGAGUGCUGUCCGCAGACUGCAUACGCAAUCAAACUCAGGCUACAGGAAAUGGCAGAGGGUGAGCUGAAAGACAUGGAGUACUUCUUUUCCACCCUUCCAACCCCGUUCACUGCCUUUGAUUCGGAAGCCUAUAAAACCAGUGUUGUUGGUCUGUUCAUGAGACACAUGCUGCUGGCCUACAACAAGCUGUCUUUCAGUCAAGUUUACAAGCUUUAUAAGUCCCUGCAGGAGUACUAUCACAGUCAUUGCAGCAAACCCUCAGAGGGUCAGGUGAGUUUGUCGGUGUUGGCUGCAGACGACUCGGACAUGGAUCUCACCAGCACGGAAGACACAGUGGGUGACAGGAUGGAAAGCAAGGCACUGGACACUCCACUCCAUUUGUCAGAACUUCGAAUUGAUAACGCUCCGAGCAAAGGGCCCCUGUCUCAAAAACAAGCAGAGUACUUUCUUGCACGCCAGGCGUAUCUCAUGAAGAACGAUGAAAACAAAGCCCUGAAACCCGCCGAACUGCAGGAAGAGCUCAAUAACAUGCUCAAGUUUAACCCCGAUUUUGCAGAAGCCCACUACCUGAAUUACUUGAACAGCAUGAGAGUCCAAGAUAUAUUCCUCUCCACCCACAGUCUUCUACACUAUUUUGACCGCUUCAUUUUGUCUGGAAACGAUGGAAAGAGCAACGGCGAUGAAGGUUACGGACGGAGCCUUCGCUACGCUGCUCUGAACCUGGCGAGCCUCCACUGCCGCUUUGGUCACUAUCAGCAGGCUGAUCUGGCGCUACAGGAGGCCAUUCGCAUCGCCCAGGAGUCUAACGACCACGUGUGCCUGCAGCACUGUCUGAGCUGGGUCUACACGUUGGAACAGAUGAAAGGAUUUGACAGCACAGUUCUGACAGAAGAUUCGGUGAAAAUGGCUGCACAAUUCUGCCUGCCGUACUUGGCUUCUCUGGGCAUUCAGUCUUUGGUUCAGCAGGGGGCGACACAGGGUAAGACUGCACACAAACUGAUGGACGCUCUGAAGGACACGGACAUCUUGCACUGGAAGCACAGUCUGUCGGAGCUGAUCGAGAUCAGCCUUGCCCAGACCACGUCCAUAUGGAGGAUGUACGGGAAGAGUACCAUGGCUCUGCAGCAGGCCCAGCUGCUUCUCAACAUGAGCAGCCUGGAGCCAGUCAACUUCGGGGUCCAGCAGAAUAACACAGAAGCUUUUGCCAUUGCUCUCUGCCACUUGGCAGAGCUGCACGCUGAGCAGGGCCUGUAUGGGGCUGUUUCAGAGAUUUUGCAGCAUCUGAAAGAACAGUUUCCUCCUCACACACAACAUGCAAAGCUUUGGAUGCUUUGUGAUCUGAAGAUCCAGUUUGACAGACACAUGAACAAAGGAAAGUAUCUUUUGGCAGAGCCGCUAGUGGCAGCGAUCUCCGCCUUAAACAAAACCGAAGGCCUUUACAGAAAAGCACAAGUUCUGAAGGCUCUGAACCGCAGCACCGAAGCUCACAAAAUCUUACAACAGCUGCAGGUUCACUGUGAGAGAACCAAAUGCACAGAAAUUAUUAUCAGGGCAAUGCUGUCCAUGGCUGAGCAUCACUGGGAGUCAUCUGGCUUCUCCACAGCUCUUCCUCUCGUCCUGCAGGCCUUGGCUCUGGCCAGAGAGCACCACCUGCAGGCCCUGGCCUCAGAAACCAUCCUUCAUCUGGCCUUCACCCAGCUGAUGCUGGGAGUCCCUGAGCAGGCUCUUUGCGUUCUCCACGAAGCCAUGGAGCCAAUUCUGGCACAUGGAGCCGUCCUGGACAAAGGCCGCGCCAUGUUGCUGGCAGCUCGCUGUCAGAUGGCUGUAGCUGGGUUCAAGCCAAAUGGACAAGGUCAACCAGAUCUGCCUUUGAUACGCUUGGCUGUUGCCUCACUGAACGAGGCUGCAGCCUACUUCUCUAAACUGAACUGUAAGGAGCGGCUGCGGGACGUCAGCUACCUCCAGGCUCAGCUGCACCGUUCCCUCGGACAGACCUUGCAGAGCAACAAAAGCUCCAUGCUGUUCCGGCUGCUGAACCAGGAGCUGCAGUCACCAGCUCCACCUGUCUCCAUGCGUCUCUGAUAACAUUCCAUUACCACAAUAAUGAGACCUGUCAUGCUGCAACUCACCACUAGGUGGUAAAAAGCCCCCACUGUGAUUUCUCUAUGCUAAAAUGCUUUGUUUAUGUUUUUUUGUCGCUGACUAUAACUGAUGUUUUAAAAGCGUCUUCCAAGCCUCAUCACCUCAGUUUGAAUAGGUGAGAUUUGCCACAUUUAUGCUAAUUUACCAUCUGCUUUUUGAUGAACGAGGGUAAUAUCACAGUUAUCUGCAAGAGUAAUGUGUUUCAGUGGUCUGGAUGAAGUAUAUAUUGCCCAUAGAAUGCUAAAAAAGCUGUAAGCCAGAGGUGGAAAAUCAAACUGUGUAGCCUCGAUGACGGCACACGCUGGAAAGUGAAUUCCCUUUUUGAUGUUUGUUUUGUUGUGUUCUGUCUAAAAUUUUACGUUCAAUACAUACAAAAAAAAUUCUC